CGCACACACACACACAAAACACACAGAAACACACAGAAACACAGUCUCCAACCAAGCACGAUGCCUUCUCCGAUCCCUAUAACCCGCCUGCUGCCUAACCAGUCCCUGGACCUCGGGACCUGUAGCAGCCCGCUGGCCAAAUACGCCUUCGGCAACACCUUACAAGUCCCCGCUCAGCGGCCCCACGGCAAAGUUGCCAGCCGGCUCUGGUCCACUGUGAUCCACUGGAAGGAGCUGCGCUCCGUGGAGCCUGUGGGCUCCGGAGGCUUCGGCUCCGUCUACAAGGCGGAGUACCUCGGGGACACCGUCGCGCUGAAGAGGGUCAAGAAGUGCGCCAAGAACAAGCUGGCGUCCCGGCAGAGCUUCUGGGCCGAGCUGAACGCGGCACACCUGCGCCAGGGCAACAUUGUGCGCGUCAUCGCGGCGACCACCUGCGUGCCGGUGGGUUUUGGAGAUGAAAGCAGCAUCGGGACGAUACUGAUGGAGUUCGUGGGGAACAGAAAUCUGCAGCAGAUCAUUUACGGAUGCGCGGAGCCGCUGGGGGAGGACCGGUGGCUCAGGUACUCCGCAGACAUUGCACGCGGUUUGCGCUUUCUGCACUCCCACAGCGUUGUGCAUCUGGACAUAAAGCCAGCCAACGUGUUGGUGUCCAGCGAAGACGUGUGCAAAAUCUGCGAUUUCGGGUGUUCCGUGAAGCUGGACCACGGGUGCGAGGAGAGCGCUAUCAGCCCCCACGUGAGCCACGUAGGCGGCACGUACACGCACAGAGCCCCGGAGCUACUGAAAGGCGAGGGGCUGUCUCCCAAAGCGGACAUCUUCUCUUUCGGGAUCACCUGGUGGCAGCUGAUCACCAGGGAGCAGCCGUACACCGGCGACAGGCAGCACGUGCUCUACGCGGUGGUGGCGCACAACCUGCGGCCGUCCGUCCAGGACCAACCGGUGUUUGGGACCGAGCGGGGGCGGCUGUGUAGGACUCUGCUGGGCCGGUGCUGGAGCGGAGACGGCCGCUGCAGACCCAGCGCCCAGGAGCUGCUGCCUCGCCUGGAGCAGCUGCGCUCCGACGUAUGACUUUAUUAUUUUUAUGUAACUGGUGCACAGAUGUGCGUUUCAUAAAAAAAUGGGACAUGUUUUAGGAGCAUUUUAGAAGGCAUGUGUCAGUAGCUUACAGGAGGAAGCGUGGACUACCCAUUUUCUUAUGGUCACCAUAGGCUAAUGCCGAACCUGGUUUAAAAAAGCAAACAAUUAAGUGCCUUCUUAUUUUAUGGCGAAAAUAGAAUGUAACUCCUAACUUUAAUCCCUAGACUACCAUAAGAUGAUAUAAUGGUUCAGUUCGGCACAUGCAGAACCCACGACAAAACACUUGUAAUAGAAAACCGCUUUUCCAACCCUCACUCCUUCUGGGUUCAUGCAUUUUGGUUGCAUACUAGUCUCAAGUAAAAUGUAUUGUGCACCAGCGUUGGUUAUUGUGUGCCUAAUUGAAGUGGCUCAUAAUGAUGAAGAAUAGACACUGUACAGUUGUUUUCUUAGCAGUAUGGUGCAAUUGUGUCGCAAAGAAAGGCAUCUUUAAAAAUGUCCUAUAUUUGAGUGGAAUUUGGUGCAAAGUCUCUACACCGCUACAGGUAAAACUAUUCAUGUUUUCUCACUUUUAGUUUUAAAGUAUCACUUAAUACAAGACAGCCUACAGACAGGCUAAUGUAUUUGCACAUUUCUUCCAAUGCAGAUUUGCUAUUAGUGUUGAAAAAAAGGCAGAUACUCAUUUUAGUAUGAAGAAAACAAACUUUGACUUACGGAGUUGGAUGGAUAGAUGUAGUUAUUUCAACUCAAUGGCAGAAGAUCUUUUAACCCCCCCCCCCCACUAGAUUUACUGUUGGUUAAAGUGUACACGUUGCCAUCACACUUUAUUACAGGUCCCUCUAAAUAAAAAACAGUUUUAAAGUUUUACUCCUGCACUGAUGACCCAUCAUUGUCGUUUCAUUUGACAACUCAAAAACCAUCCACACGUCAUUUACUGUCAGAGUUCUAACAGACUUUGUUUUAGCCAUUUUUCUUAAGCUAUGGAAUCAAAAAUGUUUUGUGAAUAGAGUUUUUAUUUGCCACGAUGAGAUUUGUAAUGUGAGAUUUAAGCGUGAUAGGUUCAUUAAAAUGAUUUUUAUACAAUGUA